GGAUGCCGUACCAUGCAACCUAUUGCUAACGAAUCAUUGGCUGGAGCAAUCGAAACCAUCGGAAAAGCUUCCCUGAGUUGGCCGAGGUGUCAUUUGACAUUCAUUUUCAGAGAGUUAUUAUUCUAAAAGGAAACUAAUAAAGCUGUAUGAAGGAAGGACGACAGAACUGGCUUGGAGAUGGAGUUUUUUCUGGCGAAAGGCGCGAUUACUGACCAAAAGGUUAAUGUUAUUGUAAACUAUGUCCUGUCAGAUGUACGACUGACUGUGCCAGACAAACUGCCUGACUUUAUAAAUAGACAUCCAGAUGGCUCGAUAGAAUAUCGUCCCCGACUUCUUGUGUGGUCAGAGCAAGCUAAGGAUAUGAUAGGUACAACUAUUACAAAAUGCCUUAAAACGGCAGAAGCAAACGGCCUAACCUCUAUUGCUUUUCCCACACACGCUAUGGCAGAGCUUCAAUAUCCAGCAACUGACGUGGCAAAAAUCUUUUUUAAAACAAUCAUAGAGUUCGCGACAAAAAAUCCACGCCAUGUGAGAAAAGUUGUACUCGUUGUUUUGGAUUCCAACAUGGAUUUCAUCAAGGCAUUUCAGAAUGAGCGACUGAACCAUUUGUUUGACACAAAUAUUCAGCUUAAUUCACAACUGGACCAAACAAUUGUUUCUUCAAAGCAUGCAUAUCAUUAA